ACAAGCACGUGCCGCCUGGAGUGUUUUAACCUUCGUCGCUCGGCUAUAAGACGAUGGUAAGCGCGAAGUCUUGCACAACAGCGGACGACGAAAGGCUGUCCAGCUGCAUCGACUAAGGCAUCAGGAUGAGGACCACGCUUCUCUGCACCCUGUUGGUUGUGCUGGCGAUGGCCGCGUGUGUAUCUGCCACAAGCCCCCCAAGAUGCGAGAAUGUGAAUUGCUCGGAAGCGACAUGCCAGCCCGUUGACUGCAAGUGCGGGUCUUAUAAGGGCAGUUGCGGCUGCUGCGACUUCUGCUACAAGUGCCCCGAAGAAGUAUGCACUCCGCUAUUUCAAGAACGCUGCAGCGAUGGUCACACUUGCGAGUUGGAUGAGCCUGGCACCAUCGCUUUUGGAGGAAAGGGAAAAUGCAAGCCAUCCUCGUCUUCCUGAGAUGUAGCCGGGAAAAUAAAUACAACCUCCGCUUUUUAAAGCGAA